AUGCAGCAAGCUCUAGAAAGAGCUUUGGAUCGUGCAGAGUAUGUCAUUGCAAGUGCCCAACAGAGACCUCCAAAAAGGAAAUACUCAUCUAGUGGGGAAACGUCUCUCUAUGAAAAACUUUAUGACAUUUAUGCCGAAGAAUGUGAAAAAGAGCCUGAGGUUACGGAGGAAUUAAGAAGCAACGUGAACCUGUUAGAAAAGCUUGUUAGGAGGGAGUCGUUGCCAUGUUUGGUGGUCAGCUUGUACCCAGGAAAGAAGGGCUAUUCUCUGGUGCUCAGGGGGGGAAAUGGAUCAUCUACAGAGACCGUGUGGCUGCCCUAUGAAGAAAGGGAAUUGCUCGAAUACUUGGAUGCAGAAGAAUUACCUCCUGUUUUGGUGGAUGUCCUGGAAAAGUCUCAGGUUAACGUUUUUCAUCAUGGGUGUGUCAUAGCAGAAAUACGGGACUACCGGCAGUGCAGUGACAGGGAACGUCCCGGCUACCAAAGCAGGCAUAUCCUCUUACGUCCCACGAUGCAGACUUUAGCCUGCGAUGUAGAGGCCAUAGCGAGCGAUCACCAGAAUUGGACCCAGGAGGACAAACUUUUGCUUGAGAGCCAGCUGAUCUUAGCUACAGCUGAACCACUGUGUCUAGACCCCUCUAUAUCAGUAGCCUGCACUGCAAACAGACUGCUCUAUAACAAGCAGAAGCUGAACACUCUUCCUAUGAAAAGGAGCUUCAAGAGGUUUUCUACGGCCUCUCUGAAUCAGCAGGAGGAGCUGUCUCAUUGCCCACCUCCUGCUGAACUCAGAGCCCUGACUUCUUGCAAAAAAAUAAGAGAAAGUAAAACAGGUGAGGAUUAUGGCCUCAAAAUUUCUGAAGCAGGAAACUGGGUAGAUAUGUGGGAACAGAGACCCUGUGACUUAGCCAUACCUUCUGAAGUGGACGUGGAGAAAUAUGCUAAAGGGAAGAAGUCUGUCAGAUAUGGUGACCCACAACCAAGAGUCUGGCCAGUGCAUGAGGUACAAGAUGAUUCUGUAUUUGGAUGUGAAGAGGACAAUCUGUCCCAGAUAACAAAGCUGGCCUUCAUGCAGUCGCUUAAUGAUCCACUUACCUCUGGAAAAAGUAGGUCCCAUAAAAAAGUCAGAUGUGAGAGACAGCCGUUUCCCCCCCACUCCUCCAUAGACGACCAUUCUAAUAGUUUCAUGCUGGGGCCAAAAACCGAUGCUGGGAGAGUGGUCAGUUGGCCUGAGGAAUUCGCCCAGAAGAGCCCCCAGUGUCCAGUGCAGAUGUCACACAGCUCUGGUGAAUCAGCUGGUCUCAGACAACCUUCUCCAGGGAAAGAACCAGAACAGCCUAAGAUUGGGUCGGUUCAGUCUUCAGUGCUGGGCAAGGAAGCCAAACAUCCACCUCUACCCAUCAGAUUUGUCUUGAACUCAGGAAAGAGCUCCAGGGAUGACAGUUUCACUUCACAGCAGGCAAGCAGCUCUCAAAAAUCUCCAUUUCUUGCCCCUGCUCCUAAGCCACCAAGUCUUCCCCAGAAAUCCUCUGUGGAGGUGAAUCAAGUUAGCUUGCUUCCUGCCAUGGCCCUGUCCACUGUGGGCUCAUCACAAAGGACCGAAGUUUUGGCCAAAUCAUCUGACCUGAACAUCACUAAAGUGGAGUGCCCUGGUGGAGGAGGCCAGCCCUUAGGGAGGUGCGCCAGUCCCAUGCAGGGCUCUACCACCGGGGCACAGCUCCUGCAGGAAUCACGCCCAGUCAGCUGCCCACAAGGAUCAAGCCUGACUGGUCCCCUGUCUGCGGGAGCUCAGCCACCAAAUGCGCUGCCUGCCGCACCGCCAGCUCCUUCUCAAGGAGGUGUUCAACUUCUUUUUAAAAAUGUUUUCAAUCUCACGCCCUUAGGUCUACUCCAGCUUCCACCAGGCUCACUCAUUUUGAACACCCAGCAGCAGGUCCAGGAGCUGCAGCAGCAGCAACAGCAUUGGCUCUGUCAGCUGAUUCCACAGCAACAACUUCAACAACCCACAACUUCGCAUCCUCAACAGCCAGUACCACAGGAUCCUGUACAAGGUUCAGUCAGUCAAGUGGCCUUAUCUACUCAGCAAGCCAUGCUCCUUAACUUUAGCGGAGUGGAGAGUUUUCUGCAGCCCCAGGCAGCUGCAGUUCAGAAUCUUGCAGCACCCAGUGGCUGUGACAGUAGCAGUUCAGAUAACUCAGCCACAUCCCCCUAG